UUACAAUAUAAAAAAUAUGUAAAAAACUAGUAACAUAGAAAACCGAUUAAAUAAAGAAAAGAUAAUUGAAUUAUGGAAUGUGAAUUAUAUGGAUCUUGUUGUUUGUUUAGAUGGUUGAGGCGGUUUUAUCAGCGGAUAAAAGAUCGUCAGACGGAAAAAAAAUUUCAAGCAGGAAUGAAAUAUAGCGAGUAUGGAACACAGAUGGAGAAUGAAUUGACGCGUACAUCUAAAAAAGCAGAACAUAUAUCAGAUAUUGUUGUGUAUAGAUAUCGUGAAAAGAAUGAUAUACAAGAUGAUGAGAAAAAAGAAACAUUGUCAUAUGAACAAACAUCUUUUCCGCAGGAAAAGAUGACUGAAAUGCGUGUUUUACCUAAUAAUGCUUUAACAGGAUUUCAAUCACUAGAAACAGAUCAACUAUCUUGCGGAAUUAUUACAUUUCCUGAAGCUAAAAGUAUAGAUCCAAGUUCUCAUUUUGUUUCUUAUGCUGCUUCUGAUGAUACAAUAUCAUUUACUCAUUUAUCAAAUAAUAAAUAUGUUCAGGAUCGAUGUCGUAUAAGUAUGGAUACAAAUGCUAGCAUUCGUGCUUUAGCACCUUCUCGUCAGUCAAGUUAUAGUUCUCUUUCUAGUGCAUGGACAGGCUCUAAGCUUGGUUUAUCUUUUCUUUCAGAAGCUAUGAUGAUGGUUCAUUAAUAUUA